GAUAGAUGAAGAUGGAGAGGUCAUGUGGGGCGUGUGUGAACCCUCUGGUGGGAGGAAAGCGGGAUGCGCUUCCACCCGUUGAGGGAGGAAAAGGAAGGCAGACGAGGAAUGCGUGAAGAAGAACGAACCGACUUCCAUCUGGCCCUAAAGUGCCGCUACAUUGGGUCCGGAGGCAAGAACAUGUAUUGGGGUAGGGUGAAUACCUGCGAGGCGGAGGAUGCACAUUCUACGAAAUGAGAAGAAGCCCCGGCCUGCACGUUGGCAAAAUUGAUCGGCUGAGAAAGGGUCGCGUCGCUGAGUAACCGCAUUUGGACCUUGACGCACUCGUGCGGGCAGCCAGCAUGAACACCAUUGGAGAUCCGAUAUGUAUGAUAAUUUGCUGCCUGAUGUACAAGGAUGUCCACAACGCGCAACAUCGAGCAUGAGGGCUUCCAUUGCGACAGUGUGCCUGAGUGGAUGGCAACCUGUAAUGCCACGGUUAUCGCGCUUCAUGAUAAACCUUCAAGCGAAAUGCUUGCUGCUGGUCUGUUCACGAGAUGAAGCAUGCGCCUGUCAAUCUCGCUGUGAUUGCCGAGGGGUUAAUGCAAACACGUUGGUAUGCUCUUGUGGUUCGCCUGGAUCACAUAACUCUCCGUCCAUAUGUAGUUGUGCCACAAGAUGGGGCAUUUGCGUCCCAUUAGAAGUCGCGAGGGAAACAUGCGGAGCUCAUCUCACGGCUGUUGAUCGCAUUGCGAUGAGGACGUUCUGCGCAGAUUGCGAUGAGGACGUUCUGGCAAUUCUCUGUCGACACUCCACCCCUGCAAAACGAUGUUGCCCGCAUGGGGGGCAUCUCUCCGCGUGCCCGUGGUGGAAAUGAUCAGGUGGCCGUGACUCCUCCGCUUCGCACUCCGUCACCUCCGACUGGGCCAGGUUCACGCUGGUGAGCUACAGGAUCUCACGCAGCCCCCUUGCUGGUCUCCAAAAAACAACAAGAUUCAGCAUAAACCUAAUGUCUCUGAGUUCGGUGCGCAUUUCUUGGGUCGAAAAUAGACCCACCUCUAUGGCUCGCAAAAAUCGCGCCAGGGGCGGCGCUGGAGGCGCCGCCAGAGGGUGCUCGAGUCUCAGUGGUCAGCCCCCCACACUCUGGCGUCGGGCCCUGGUUGCGCACCUAGAAGACUGGCGUGCUUUCCCCCCCGGGCACAAGGAUGAAGCGUAGCGUCUCGUUCUGCCAGCCGGAGACGACCGACCUCGGGCAGUUCACUACACAAGGCCGCAGCGCUUCCUCGUCUCACGGAAAACCAAGUCCGCCAGAACCCCGUCCUGGUCCCCACUGCAGAGCUCCCACACACGUAAGUCUGCUCUGCCCCAGCGGUGGGUGCACCUUUCGCAGGUACACCUCGCGCUGGUCCUCCUUGUUCGCCGCCUAUAUGGAAACCCUCGCCGACGAAGACAUGCUGGAAAUGCUCCGCCCGCUAUGCCCUCAUCAGGUCCCGACGCUCGGUCUUCCGCAAAGCAGUGGAGGCCCAGCCAGCCUGGGCAUCCGCUUCACAGGCGCCCGCGAGCCACAAACAACGCCUGCUGGCUAAUGUGCUGCUCCUCCUCCUCAUCAUCAUCCUUCUCCUGAGCGUCGAAGGUGACCCGAGGAGGGAAAGGGGAACAACUGCACUCGCCACUGGGAUAAUCGACCGGGCGCGAAUCACUUUCAGAGCGAGGCCGCCCAUGUCACAGCGCGGCCUGUCACUCUGCCUGCGCCCUGCCAGGCAGCUGCCACACCUCCUCGUCCACCCCUCGGACCAGAUCCCCGAGGCGCUGCUUCCUGGGCUCCAGAAGCUGGUUCGAUUGUUGCCGCCCGCUCUCGGCCUGCUUCUGCAUUGCCACCGUGAUGCUCAGCCGCGAAGCACCGUUGUCAGCGUCGGCUUCGCACGCGUGUUUCUCCGCGCAUCCUUACUAUCCUCAUCUUGCGGCACCCGCGGAGUUGGUCUCUGCUGUGGCUCGCGCCGCGAACGUCCCGAUCGUGUUCAGGCGCCUUCUGCGUCUGGAGGCGACUCCGCCUUCCGGCUUCCCUCGAUGCGCACCCUGAACGAAGCGUCUGUCACCUGCGGCAUGACGGCGCAGUGGCCAAUCUGCUGCUUCCUGCUGGCAGGGUCUCGAGUCCUCUUAGCGACUCCGCCGCCCUUGUUCAGCUCAGCCCGCUCCAGCACGCCCAGCCUGCCAGCGGCCCCGCCGCCGUAGGCGCACCUGAUGCCGCCUGGGGGCACUGCAGCUCAUGAGCCAGAACGUCU